AUAUUUUAGAACUAUAAAUUUCUUAUUAGUGUCUUGUGUUUUGCAAUUUUUAUUUUAGAUGGAAAAAAUGUUAAGAAUUGAAAAAUUAUUUAAAUAAAAGGCAUCUAAAGGGCCAAAACGCUUUUUUAAAUGCUUUUUUAUGUUCAAUGCGAGACGUGAGCUGUGAGGAGGGCCCUUUUUUGAUAGCAAUAACAAAGAGCAUUGCAAAAAAAAUAUACAAAAAAAAAAUUGGAUUAAAUCGACAUAGAGAUACUAAUUAAGUAAUUUUAACGAUGGAUGCCGAUAAAAAAGUGUGCAAUACAUUUUACGAAACUGCAAAACCAACGAAUUUAGAGAGUAACUUAAUUAAGAGUGAAUGUUUAAAGCGAACACUAGAUGGUCUUGUAACGCAUCAAAGUGAAUUAUCAUCCAAAGAUGAACCAAAGAGUUCACAUGACGAGAAGGCAGAUAUAUCGCCUGAGAUAAUUAAUAAGAAAAGUAACGACACAUCACCAAUGACUGACUCAAAUUGUUCAAAUAGUGGAUGCGCCGGAGGAGUUGGAAAUAUUUCAAAAAUGAACAAAAGCUUUUCAAUUCAUUCAUUUGAUAAUUCACAUUCGCAUCAGAAAUUUCAUGAUCAUCAUAAUCAGCAUCAACAUAAUCUACAUCAUAAACAUAUGGUGAAUAAAGAUCAUGAUAAAGACGAAGAGAAAGAUGAACGAGCAGAAGUUAAUAAAAGUAUGGCAUUCACAAUAGAUUUUGGGUCUGCAAGCACAGUUGAUGAGCAGCGACAUAAAAAAUUAUUGGAACGAUUCCAGAGUCGUCAUCGUCGUGGUGUCUCGUUGUCUAAAGUUGAAGAUGAAAUGUGUGAUAGUAGCUCGAGUUCACAAUUAGCCGCAAAACUUCGUUCACCAGCAAGUGCAAAACUACCAAGAAAAAGUUCUCGUGAUGUAAUCGAGUUACCGCAAAAACCUGCUUCGGCAGGCGGUGUAAAGUUACGUGAAAAAUCAAAAGCUACUCAAUUGAAAGACGCAAGUAAACGUCAUAGCUGGAGUCCACGAUCAAGUAUGGUAGAACCAACACAAAAUCAAUCACAGAAAUCAGCAAAAGUUACGCCCAAUCGUCAAAUUAGUAAUCCAUUGGAACGACCAUUAAAGCUUCAUGCACUUACGAAAGCUGAUGUAAAACCAAUGCCACCAACAACAUUAAAUAUUGCAUGCCUUCAAACACCACUAGAGAAUAAAGAAUCUCAUUUGAAUGAUGAUCAAGUCUCGGAGGCAGGAACCUACACACUUGAUGGUGACAAUUAUACAGAGGAGCAGAAAGAAAAAAUGAAUAUAGACAAAAUGAAUAGUGAUGCACAUGAGGCGGAGUUAUUGGGAAGGAAACUUGAGAUUAAUGAAUCCGAUAGUAAUAUUGAAACAGAUCUAGAAGUAAUUGAUCUUGAUGUUUUGCCACAACCGCAGCAACCACAACGAGCUACACCAGUUAUUAAGCAUGCGUCAAAGGAGAAUCGUAAAAAUAUUCUAGAAGUGUCCUUCUAUCAUCAAGAUCCUCCACAGAUUACACAAACAUCUUCCCAAUCAUCAGGCAAUAAUAGCAAUAGUAAAAGUAAAGUUUCUUAUCUCGAGAAAUUAAAGUCUAGAGUAAAGAAUAUUGGUGAUAAGAAGUUUCAUAAAACUAAAUCUGGUGAUGUUGAUCUUGGUACUUUUACGAGCGUUACAACAAGCGGGGUGUUAAGUAUUAAGCCAACAUUAGACCAUAAUCCACAUCUAAAAAGAAAGAAUUCGUUAACAAAAUCUCAGAUUGAUUCAUCCGAGUAUGUACAAGGAUUACAAAGAAAUGAAAAGCUUUCAAUAACUGACAAUGAUAAGACACUUGCUGCUGCUGCUGCAGCGGCAGCUGGAUAUCAAGAAAGUAUUUAUCCAAAGACAACGCCUGUGAAAAGUAGAAAAGAAUCAGCUGGUAGUAGUAAUACGUCAAUAUCAACAGCUGCAACAAAAGAUGACUGGAUUCAAGAAUGGGCAAGAAAUGCCCGAGAAUAUUCUCAUCAUAAAAGAACCCCAAUUACUCCAAACAUGUCAAAUAGUUAUAAUUUUGAAAGCUCUCUAGAGAAAAGUGAUCAAUUUGGUUAUUUUAGUGAUGAUAUUAUGAGUCGAAGUGAUUGUAAGCCACAGUAUGAAGAAUUUGGUGAUAAUUUAGAAAAGUAUAACCAAAAGAAUCAUCUACAUAAAAAGCCACCAACUCCAGAGAAUCAUGAAGACCGUUCAAUAAAUAAUUUGAGUGAUCAUGAGCCAAUCUCAAUAUCAUCAGCACGUAGUAGACGUGUCUUGAGAGAUUUUGAUAUGAACAAACAUGAACCACCGAGAGUUUCGUCCGGUUUUAAUAUUAAGCCACCAAUGAGUCCGAGCCGCAUUCCUUCACCAAUAGGAUCUGUUAGUAGCCGACAGAAGAGAUACGGUUCCAAUAAAAUGCUUUACGGAAGUGAUACUGAUUUAACCAAUGAUACGGAACUGUAUCUACAACGUACAGCAGCUGCAAUAUCUACAUUGCAAAAUAUUCAACGUAAAAAUUCUUUACGUAAUUCAUCUCUUCAAAAUUCGCCUAUGUCUCCACUCUCUCCAUCACGUACAAUUGUGCAAUCGACAAAAACACCAACGGUAAUAACAACAAUAGCUAAUGCAACGCCAUCAUCAGCUUACCUGCCACCUCAUUCACGAGCGCAGUCUGUUAAUAGACCUACGGUUCAUAAACGGAAUUCAUCACUUGAUUCUUCACGUUUUACACCAACAAAUGUUAUGUCCACAAGUUUACAAUCUAAUCAGAUAAAUAAUUACCUUAUUGAUAAUAAUAAAAUGCAACAGAAACAGCAACAACAACACUCUAGACACAAUAGUUAUGAUGGAAUGUUAACGCAACGACCCACAACUACUAAUAAUAAUAAUAUGAAAUAUUCUCAUUUCGAUCAAACAGAUGAUGAAUAUGAGUCAAUGCCGAGUCGUGGGACGACGUUACCAGAACGACAACAUUUAUCGAUUAAACAGCAACAUCAUCAGAAUAUGAUUAAACAACAACAAUCGCCCAUAAAGCGCUCAAGUUCAUUUAACAUAAAGGCACAAGAGAUUCAAUCGCCUGCACGAAUUACAUCAGGUACACCAAAAAUGCACAAUAAAUUUGUUAAGACUGUCUCCGCACCAGCGCAGACGAUAAAAAUCCAAAAAUCAGCGAGUAGUUCGUGCUUUAAGCAAAUGACAAAUGCGAUUAAUGAUGAUGAUGAUGAUGAGGAUUAUGAGAAUGAAUUUUAUAUAAAUCCUGAUGAUGAUUUACAUGCGAAUCAAUUUACACCGUCGGAUGAGAGUGAAGAGGAACAAAAGUAUUCAUUGACAAUGGUCAAUGAACCACCCAUCUCCAAUACACGUUACAAUAAGACAUUUUUAAUGCGCUGUGAACAAAGUAAGAAUAAAACGGGAGUUGGUAAGCAGUUGGGCGUAAUUGCAUGUCCAAAUACACCAGAGAUGCCUCGACGUGAACUUGCUGCACGAUCCUCAGCUAGAGAUCGUGUAUCAAUGCCAAGAGAUUCGAGUUUAGGUAGAGUUUUAGAUAGGAAACCCCUUUCAGCGGGUGCUGUACCAUCCUCAGUCAAAUCCACUAGUAAUAAUAAUAACAGUAAUGCAGUAAACACUAACAGUGCCGGCAAAGUGACUUCAAAGUAUUUAGAUAUCUCAAAAUAUAAGCCUGAAAGAGGCAAUCAUUUUCUUAAACGUGAUGAAAGUAAAAGUUAUUUAAACAGGGAAGUAAAGAAAAGUUCAUCAAGUGCAUGUCUACAAAAUUUUCAGCGAGAUGUUGCGCGUGCUAGUAGCAGGAGUUCAGGAGGUGGAAGUUCAAGACCGUCUAGUGCAACAGCAACAAAAAAGAAAGAUGUUAAAAAUACGAAAGAAAUCGAAUUAGCGAUGUGGAAACGACGAGCGAGUUAUGAUCCAUUAAAAGCAGCUGCUGAGGGGAAAAGAAAAGCUGAAGAAGCUAAAAGAAUUGCGCAACACCAACAAAUGGUGUUGUCGUCUGAAGGCAGCUCUUCAGUAAUGCGAUCUUCAAAGUCCUACCACAGCGGCCCAGCUGGUGAAUGGCUCGAUGAUAGUGAGGAUAGCGAAUUUGAUGACGAAAAUUAAAUUUCGACAUGAAAAUGAAAUAAUUGUGAUUUCUAUUUGAAAUUUUUAGCUAUUAGGAACGAUUUUUUUUU